AUGAAACCUGACACAGCCCCCGGACCUGAUUUUAUAUCAGCAGACUUUCUUCGGGCUAGUGGCCAUCCGCUUCAUGUAAUCUUAGCAGCGCACAUGACAUCCUACCUUCAGAAAGAAAGGAGCCCAGACCAGUGGAAGACCUCGCGAACCGUUCUUAUCCAUAAGAAAGGUGACCGAGAGGACCUUCGGAACUACCGUCCGCUAUGCUUGCUGAGCGUGUUAUACAAAGUAUUCACCAAGAUCAUCCUCACGCGCAUAUCUAGGACGCUGGAUGAAGCCCAGCCUCAAGAACAAGCUGGAUUCCGCCAAGGGUUCAGCUGCUUGGACCACAUCCAGACCGUGUCGAGGGUCAUAGAGGUUUGCCGGGAAUACCGUCUGCCCUUUGUUCUAACCUUCGUCGACUAUGAGAAAGCCUUUGACAGCGUAGAAACGAAUGCAAUACUGUCAGCACUGGUCGAUCAAGGUGUAGACGCGUCGUAUGUGAGGACAUUAGCCAAUUGCUACGAUCGAUGCACGACUAGGAUACAGCUUUUCCACCGCCCUCUCAUUAUACCCAUUGGAAAGGGAGUACGACAAGGCGAUGCUAUAUGGCCGAAGCUGUUCACGGCUGCAUUACAAUGGAUAAUGAAAUCAUUAUCCUGGGAAGAAAGGGGCAUACGUGUUGACGGAAGAUUUCUUUCAAAUCUUCGCUUCGCGGACGACAUCGUUCUGUUUUCGAGCAGUACCAAUGAAGCAGAAACGAUGCUCAACGAAUUGAACGAAGCAGGGAAGAGAAUAGGACUACGAAUAAACAGAAAGAAGACACAGUUCAUGAAGAACGCCCACUGCGAGGAUGGAGAAGUGCAACUUGAAGGACCCCGAGUAGUGGAAACUCCGUCAUACGUAUACCUCGGACGUUCUAUGAACAUGGAAAACGACUUGAAGGAAGAACUGAAUAGAAGAAUGAGAGCAGCAUGGGCAGCAUUCGCAGCCGUCAGGGAAGCUACGGACCAACUGACGGACCAUGAUCUUCGUGCCCAUCUGUUCGACUCGACAGUCCUUCCAUCGCUCUGUUACGCAGCGAAGACAUGGGCAGACACCGCGGCCACGUAUAGGAAGCUACUUACUACCCACAGAGCCCUUGAGAGAUGUCUCCUGAAGUUUAACCGGCGCACACAACACCUUGCCGGUCUUCGUAGCUCCGAAUUAAGAGGAAUGUCCCGUCUUCGCGACCCAGUCAACACCGACCCAACAGCGAAUAUGUAUCAAAAGCAAAACAUAGAUGGGCCGGUCACAUCAUGA